CCAUCUCUCAAUCCAUCUUACUCGUAGCGUGUACGUGUCCCAGUGCUGCAUGCUUUCGGGAUGUGAGGUCAGCAGGAAGGAAUCAUUUAGGAAAGGAUGGCAGAAAAAAACCUGCUUUUUGGGAGCAUGUGUCCUGCUUGGGGAAACCUCGCCGCCUGAUAAGAAGGACUGAACUGAAGACAGAAGUUUACCGGGACCACCCCAACUCUUUCAUCCCUCUCCUGUUUGUUCCCGGCACCCUGUAGAUCCACGUGAGGGAGCAUGGAGGAGAGAAGCGGAUGAUGGGAGCAGUAGAAAUAGGAUUAAGGGGUGUAGAGAGGGAGGUGUAGGAACAUGGCGAGACUCCGUUGUGACUCCUGGUGUGCAGAAGUGACCUUUGACACCGGAGACAAGAGCUCUCUAGACUCUAUUGUGUGCCGGGGUAACCAGCUGAGCUGACAUCAAAUCAUCAGUUAGACUCUUUUUAUUUGUUCUCCUCCAUAUUUGAACUUUCUUUCCAGAGCCGCAUGUCUCAAAGGGAAUGGUUUUAAAGCUCUGACCACAUGGCAUAGUGAGUAAUCUUCAGGACCGUAGUGAUUUGGGGAAGUAUUUUAAUCUUCCUGCAACCCACUUUUGGGCUCCGGCUUCUUUGAAAUUAGCAUGCUGCGUUUCUGGACAGUCCACGGGAUUGUUUCAAUCUUUUGGCUCACAGGACAAGAAGCUCUCAAGUCUUUCCACUCAAGGACUGUCAGGAUCAUUCUUAGAAGCCAAAUUGAGUCUUAAAUCUGUGACAUGCUUCCUCUGUUGUUUUCCGGAUCCUUUUCUUUUCCUGAGCGGGCCUCGGACCGUGACGGCUUCUCCGCAUGUCACUAUGGAUUCUUGUGUAUUUUAGACUGCUCAGUUGCAACGUCUGCCUCUCUUCAAGUCUCUGGAGAGUCUCAAGAUUUGAACUAUGCAUGAAUGUCUUUGAGAAGACAGUGGAUUGGAUAGGAUCUUUACAUUUUUGUAACGAUUACUUUACCAGGGCGCUACAAUUCCUGGGCUGAUGCAGAUCGCGGCAGCUGCAGGAAUGAACCACUGGAGCUGGGAAAACGCUGGGAAUGCCAGUAAAUCGGAGAGAAGUGGGCCACACAGGGGGAAGCUGAUGAUGCUGCUGUGGAUUAUCCUCUCCAGCUCGCUGUGCCUGAUGGUCGACGGCCAGAUGAAGCUCUCACCAGAAACGGUGCAGAAGUGGGCUGUGUCAUUCGGCAAAGAGAUAGCUGCCCUGUCUGCCAGAUACUCUGGAGCUAAACUGCUACAGAAGAAAUACAAGGAUGUCGAGGGCGUGGUGAAGAUAGAGGAGGUGGACGGAGCGGAGCUUGUCAAAAAGUUUGCUGAGGAGAUGGAGGAGAUGCUUGGGAGGAAGAUGAAAUCUGUGAAGAGGUUAGCAGAAGCGGCAGAGGAUGCUGACCUUUACCACGAGUACAAUGAAACACUGCAGUUUGAAUACUAUAACUCCCUGCUGAUCAACACGUUGGAUGAGGAUGGGAAUCCAGUGUCGCUGGGAGGAGAAUUCGCUCUGGAGAAAAAUGAACACUUCAAUAGACUGCCAGUCAACACCCAACAGAGCAACAUACAAGUUCCCACUAAUGUUUACAACAGAGAUCCAGAUAUUCUGAAUGGAGUCUACAUGUCUGAGGCUCUGAAUGACGUGUUUAUUGACAACUUCCAGAAAGAUCCGACCCUCACUUGGCAGUACUUUGGCAGCGCUACAGGCUUCUUCAGGCUCUACCCAGGGAUCCAGUGGACUCCAGAUGAAAAUGGUGUGGUCACCUUUGACUGCAGAAACAGAAACUGGUAUAUCCAGGCAGCCACUUCACCUAAAGAUGUGGUUAUCGUGGUGGAUGUCAGUGGCAGUAUGAAGGGACUCAGAAUGACCAUAGCCAAACACACCAUCAAUACAAUCCUAGACACGCUGGGAGAAAAUGACUUUGUUAACAUCAUAGCUUACAGUGACUAUGUUAGCUACGUGGAGCCCUGCUUCAAGGGCACGCUGGUACAAGCUGAUCUGGAUAACAGAGAGCAUUUCAAGCUUUUGGUUGAAGAGCUUCAUGUCAAAGGCGAGGGCAAAGUGAAUAAGGCCAUGAAGGAAUCUUUCAAGAUUCUCAAUGAGGCUACAGCGUUGGGCCAGGGCAGCCUGUGUAACCAGGCCAUCAUGCUGAUAACAGACGGAGCCAUGGAGGACUUCCAGGAUGUUUUUGAAGAGUUCAACUGGCCAGAACGACGGGUGCGAGUGUUCACCUAUCUGAUUGGACGAGAGAUGACAUUUGCUGAAAAUGUAAAAUGGAUUGCUUGCAACAACAAGGGUUACUACACACACGUCUCCACACUGGCUGACGUCCAGGAAAACGUUAUGGAGUACCUCCAUGUUCUCAGCCGGCCAAUGGUCAUUAACCACGAUCACGACAUCAUCUGGACUGAGGCGUAUAUGGACAGUGUGCUCCCGACCACAAAAGAGCUGUUCAACAGUCAGGCCCAGAGCCUGCUCCUGAUGACCUCGGUAGCCAUGCCUGUGUUCAGCAAGAAGAAAGAGACACUGUCUCAUGGGAUUCUGCUGGGAGUGGUAGGAACUGAUGUGCCCUUGAGAGAACUGAUGAGAUUAGCUCCGAGAUACAAGCUUGGUGUCCAUGGUUACGCCUACCUCAUCACCAACAACGGCUACAUCCUGUCUCAUCCUGACCUACGACCUCUGUAUAAAGAGGGGAAGACGCUCAAGCCAAAACCCAACUAUAACAGUGUUGAUCUGGCAGAGGUGGAAUGGGAAGACACCGAAGAGAAACUGAGGACAGCUAUGGUUAAAGGAGAAACUGGGAUGUUGUCGUUAGACGUGAGAACUUCAGUGGAUAAAGGAAGGAGAGUGAUGUUCCUGAAGAAUGAUUACUUCUACACCGACAUCAACGAGACACCAUUCAGUCUGGGCAUAGUGCUGACUAGAGGAUAUGGACAGUAUAUCUUUAUUGGAAACGUCUCCGUUGAAGAGGGUCUCCAUGACUUACUGGCUCCAGACCUGAACAUAGCUACUGAAUGGACCUAUUGUGAGACAGACAUUGACCCGGCCCACCGUAAACUGACCCAGAUGCAGGCUGUGGUGCUGUACCUCACUGGCAAAGAACCAGAUCUGGAGUGUGAUGUGCAGUUGUUGCAACAAACUCUAUUUGACGCUGUGGUCACGGCUCCUAUGGAAGCCUACUGGACGGCACUCAUGCUCAACACAUCUGGUAUGGACGAGGGGAUGGAAACGGCAUUCUUGGGCACUCGUUCAGGCCUGAUGAGAUUCCAGAGAUACGCUGGUGUUGAGAAGAGAAUUGCCAAGUCUUUCCUGACCUCCUCAGACAAGGAGAAUAUGUUCACAUUGGACCAUUUCCCAGUGUGGUUCCGCAGAGCAUCCGAGAAUCCAGCUGGGCAGUUUCUAUACUACGUGCCCAGACAGGAGACUAAAGAUAAAUUCAGGGACUAUGAGCCUGACUAUAGCGCCACCUCGAGUGCAGAAGAGGUGGAGGUCCGAGCGGAGGAGGGAGGGAGAAAACGAAGGGAGGCGGAAAAGGAGGAGGAGGAGGCAGGGAGGAUAGUGAUCGCCACCACUGCUGUUACUGUUACAGUGGGCAAGAAAACUGCCAUCGCUGGAGCCAUCGGUGUCCAGAUGACUCUGGAUGUGCUGGAGUCCAAAUUCUGGGCCAUCGCAAGACAGCCAAAUGACACAGAUUGCUCUGAUACAGAAGGAGUUUGUCCUCUUCGGUGUGACAGCUUUGAUAUUGCAUGCUACGCGAUUGACAAUAAUGGCUUUGUCCUAAUUUCUAAACAGCGCAGUGAUGCGGGAAGAUUCUUCGGUGAGGUCGACGGAUCCGUGAUGACAACGCUAAUCAGAAUGGGCAUGUUCAAAAGGGUGUCCUUGUUCGACUACCAGGCCAUGUGUAAGAUGAACUCGCACUCUGUCAGCAGCGCCCGUCCACUUUUCAGUCCAUUCUAUGGUUUGGCUUCAGCCCUCAAGUGGUUCCUCUCCAACUUCCUGCUGUUUCUCCUGGAGUUUAAUAUCUGUGGCUUCUGGCACACGGACCAUUUUGCUGACGCCAAACCAUCUUUCAGCGUGUCCUCAGCUCAUAAGAAAAGAGGGGACAUCCUGCAGCCGUGUGACACCGAGUACCCCAGCUUCGUCUACGAGCCGUCAGUCAAAGAGACCAACAGCAUUAUUAAGUGUGGACGCUGCCAGAAGAUGUUCGUGGUGCAACAGAUACCAGAUAGCAACCUGUUGAUGUUGGUGGUGCAGGCAGACUGUGACUGUUCCAGACAGUACCCACCCAUCACCAUGGAGCCCAAGGAAGUCAGAUAUAAUGCCUCUGUGAAGUGUGACAGGAUGAGGUCCCAGAAGAUUCGCCGACGCCCUGAGUCCUGCCACGCAUACCAUCCCCAGGAGAACGCCAAUGACUGUGGAGGAGCUUCUGUUAUAUCUCUCUCUGCCUCUCUCUUCCUCACCUGCCUCUCCUUCUUGAUGCUCAUCUCCUGAUGAUGGACAACUUUGCUGUUUCAUCCUUUCUUGUAUAAGGGAGGAGAUAUGAAUGAAUCAAGAGACAUGAUUGGACACUGGACACCUCAAGUGGAUUUAAAAAAAAACUGAUUCUGCACAUUUUGCUCGUGACGACCACAAACCUUGUCUCUGACAACGGACCUUUGAUGUGGUGUCUGAGCAUUUGUUGGUUAACUCUUAUACAUUUUACAUCUGAACUGAAAACUGCAAAGAAGGCAAGAUAAUGGGCUGUUGUUGCCAUGGAUACUUUUCCAUGAGUUGCUUUCUCGCACACCACUUUGCAUCUCAAAAUGAAAAGGGACUAAAGAGAUGCAGGUGGCAACUAUGACGUGCAUUGAUAAAAGGGGAGUAUGAGUCACAAGAUGCAACAUGACAAAGUCCAGUGGGGGGAACAUUUCCUAUUUCCCACUGAACUGAAUAUUGUAUUGUAGACACACAUGCAUAUUAUAUAUGCAGCUGCAAGCAUGUACUCCUGCCAUCCUUUGCCUGUUGACUAUCAUGCGUGUUGAAUGAGAGAAGGGAGAGAAGGGCUACAGCAGUGAAUGGUGAUUGUGUAACAUCAGUGCUGCUGCUGAAAGUCAUGUUUUAUAAGGGUGUUUGCAACUUUAGUUUCUCUCAAUCUCCUGCAAAUCUCAAAGGGUAAUGGCUCAGUGCCAAGAAAGUACCUUCAGUGGAGUUGGUAAAAAUGCAAUAAAGAUAAUCGAAAAAUCUGAAUGGGAAGUUCCUUCACAAUCUCAGCUUUUGAGGUUUUUUUUUGUUACUUGGAUUACAUCUUAAAAAGUGUUUGUUUCUGUAACAUACAGUAUCUUUUAAAACAUGUCUGCCUUUGUCUUCAUCAGCCGUGUCUUUCUGUGUGUUUGUGCUUACUGUAUGUAUUUAUGUUUGGCUGGACGACACUGUUGAAACUCACAGGAUGUAAAUCUACAACACCAUAAUGGAUUUUUUUGGAUUACAAAUGCUUUCACGUGGUUUAAAAGCAAAUCUAAUACAUAAUAAUCCACAAAAGAUGCAGUUGUACCAACACUUAAAUGUUUCUGGAACUAGUGGUGAUGAUGCAUUUGCUGAACUGUGGUUUUUGGAUUCUUUACUUGGGCGUAACGAUCAUGUACCUGUUACUUAUUACUUGACAUAAAUAAUGAUAUAAUUUUAUAAAAUCAUGAUUAAAGCAGGAAAAAAAGUGGAAGCACUCUGCAAAACAAGAUUGUGGUAUGAAAAAAACCUGAAACUGUCAUAUAUGUAAUUGUAAUGUAUAUUAACAGUGUAAAUCUAACUGCAUAGGGUAUUUUUGUAUUUGCUUGUGUUUCAUAUUUUGAACUUCAGCAUUUCAUUGUCCAACCCAGUCCAAUUCCAAAAAAAAGUUGGGAGGCUGUGUAACAAGUAAAUAAAAGCAGAAUGCCAUGAUUUGCAAA